UAAAUAGGGCCGGGGCGGCGGCCGCGGGAGGGGGCGGGGGAGUGCGGGACGGAGGCAGCAGCCUUGCGGCUUCAUCUAUUUAUUUCGCUGCACUAUUUUCCGGCCUCCGCCUCCUUGCCUCCGCCCCCGGCCGCCCUUGCUCUGCACUUCUCCGUCCCCGCUCCGUCGUCCUGCAUUUGCCCCACCGGAUCCGGCCAUGGCUCCCUCCUUUCGGCCCAGCAAGAACCGACCGAGCCGGGACGACGAGGAUUUCUUCGAGGCCAGAGGAGACAGGAAGGUGAGGGAGGUGCGGGAGCUGCGCGGGGGUGUGUGUGGGGGGGUUGGACUUCUGGGGCGGGCUGCGCUCGCGACGUGCUUUUGCAAGCGGGCGCGCGUGCAGCGAUCUGCAAGUGGCGCCCUCUGCUCCUCCCCUCCUCUUUCUCCUCGCUAGGCAAGGAAGCCGCUGGUGGAGAAGAAGCGGCGGGCGCGGAUCAACGAGAGCUUGCAAGAGCUGCGGCUGAUCUUGGCGGACACGGAGGUAACUUGGCCGGCGGAGGGCUUUCGGGCGGAGGGGGGGGGCGCGCGGAGGACGGCAAGGGGGGCUGGGACUGACGAGAUCGCUCUUUGCUGUGUCCUUUCCCCCCCCCUCUCUCCUUUUGCUUGCUGCUAGUUCCAGGCGAAGAUGGAGAACGCCGAGGUAUUGGAGCUGACGGUGAAGCGGGUGCAAGGCAUCCUGCAGAACAGGUCUCUCGGUGAGUGGCCGCAGCUGUUGCCCUGUGACAUCCAUCCAUCCUUCCUAUCUUCCUUCUCUCUCGUUCCCAUCUCCAUCCUGGUCCUGCCUCGGGGACCUGGCUGUUUCCUCAGUUACCUAGAGAACUACUCCUUAUUAGGGCUGGAGGAGGAAGCUGCCGGGCAGAUAAAUUAAAGGGGAUUGUCAGAUAGAGGGAGGGAAAUGGGCUGGGGGGGGGGGGUGCAGAGUUAAAUUGCAUUAUUAUUUUUUAGAAAAGGGAGCAUCAGGACCCAAGGAUUGCAUGGCACAUGCAUCCAUUGCUUAUUUUGCCAAUAAAGCAAUUCAAUUCUGUACUCCCAUUUCUCUGUGGGUGGGAAGCUAUCUUUUCUGUUCUCCUUAGUAAGGCAGCAGUCUUGUAUAUCCUUACCUGAGUGGAAGUCCCCUUGAAUUCAGUAGGAAUUUUUUCCAAGUAUUGUAAGCAGCUCUCUCUACUUCCUUACGAUCAUUACAUUUUGAUUCCUCCUCUUUGCUAUUGAGGGCUGUAUGCAUGAUGUCUCUUCUCCCUGCCCCUUGUGAUACCAGGGAGUUUAACACAAAACCGGUGCUACUUAGAGCACACCUGAAGUAUUUCUGGUUUGAACGAAAGUUGCUGGCCUUCACUGUUCUGGUUUCACUUUAUGUUCUUUUUCUUUCCCUGUUGCCCUACCUAGUGGCUGCUGCUAUCCUUUUUCUGAUCUAACUUAAUUAUUAUGAUGAGACUUGUUUUAUUUGGAGUAAACAUAUCUAGGCCGAGCUGUGCUUGUGACAAGGAGUAUUGCAGUUCUGCUUCUGCUUGAGUUGUGAAUUGGACUUGCAGUGAAAUGACUGCAUAAAUCCAACUUUGCUCAGUCUAGUUAAAACUAUUCUUAUACAACUGUUACUAGAAAGCAGGCACAUUUAGGUAUAUAAAACCUUAUCUAUCAGCCCCAUCUACCUUGUUUUUCCAAAACAUUUAUCUCGUUGCAUAAAGGCUGGGGCUUUCAUCCUGAAACAUACAGUUGUCUCCUCAGCCAGAUUUGCAGCGAUGCUUCCUGAUUGUCCCUUAGUUAGAAGCCUCCGGGCCUCAUUUUUCAAGUUUGGCAUUGACAGGUAUGGUGGGGGGUGGGAUGUAGUUUAAGCAUCUAGCCAGCCCUGAAGGGCAAGGGAGUAGAUAGCUUUCUGCAGUACUACUGGGGAGAGGAGAAAUGGAUGUUUUGUGACCCUUGCUGUGUUUCUCUCUUUGCCUGUGGUCUCAGAUAGUGACAAACUGCAGCGGGAGGCCAGCGAGCGCUUUGCAGCUGGGUACAUUCAGUGCAUGCAUGAAGUUCAUACGUUUGUCUCCAACUGCCCUGGGAUUGAUUCCACCAUUGCAGCAGAGCUCUUGAACCACCUUCUGGAGUCGAUGCCUCUGAACGAAGGCAGUUUCCAGGACCUGAUAGCGGAUGUCUUGUCAGACCCCUCCAUCAGCCAGUGGCCUGGCAGCGAUGGGCUCUCCCAAACGCCUGGGGAAUCGCCUGCAGCUUUGAACCUGCCCAGUCCCAAUUCGCCUCUUCCUUCACCUUCCUCCAGUGAGGAGACUUGCUCUGAUGUGGAAGACACGGAGGCUGAGCAAAGCCGCAUCUCUUUGGAUGGACUGGACAGGUCUAGGACGCAAAAUGUGCCUUCCUCCAGCCUUUCCAAAUCUAUGUGGAGACCUUGGUAGUAAAGAGACUGCACAGGAACCAACGAAGAUCUACCUAAUAGGGAGAAUACUUGAGCACUGUGUUCUUCUAGCCAUUGGAAUAGAGACGGUGAGGAUUUCAGAUGGUGCAUUUGUGUCGUAAUGUUGCUGUAUUUCAGGACUGCGUAGCUGGGCACUCUUACACUGUCAAAUCCUGACAGGCUAAAUAGCUCGAAUGUGUUAACAUUUCAUCUGUGAGUGUGAGAGGUGAAUACUGGAAAGUCUUGGUUUCUUUUUAUGUUUAAGGGUGUGGGUUAAAAGAGAUGGAAGUAUGGAAGCAGAGCUCUUUUGUUGAAGCACAGCAGUGUUUUGCAACUUACCUUUUUUGUUUCCUUGGGGUUUUUUUAAUGGUCCUUAUAAGUGGCCCUGAAUCACUACCUUUUUUCGAUUAGGAGAAAACCCUUGUGCAUUUGAAAACUUGGUGGUUUAAUACCAGUGAAAUGUAUGAAGUGAAGCAGUUAUGCACAACUUCAAAUGUUCUAGUGAUAGAUUUUUUUCUCUCUUAUUUUUUAAAAAGGAAAAUCCCUGAAAGGGAUUGGUGAAGCUAGUCUCUUGAUGAGUUUAGUGGUCUAGGAUUUCUCCUUCAGUGAAGGAAGAGGAAACUAGGAGCCAGACUGGAAUUAGGUGAGCAUUUAAAAUAUUGGUGGCAGGGUGCCUUUUAGAAACGUGUCUUACGCACAGCUAGCACAUUUGAAUUUAUUGUGGUAUGUUUUAUAGCUUGUCAAAUGUUUUAUUUUAAUCUUUUUAUAUAUAUAAAAAAUAAAAGCAACUAAAUUCACCAAUGAUUGCAUGUAUUUUGAGGGGUGGGUGACACGUCUGCUCUCGAAAUUCUGUUCCAAGUGAGCAAUUCAUAAAUAUGUAUCCCUGAGUGCAAACAUUGGUAAUUAAGCACUUAAUUAUUGUACUGAACUUGCCUGUUCAAGUAUGGGAGUUGGAAUGUUUCAUUUGUUCAGGAUUCUUGGGCUAACACAGUGGUUAUACUUCUGGGUUUUGGCACACGUAUGUUCUUGCGUUUGGUUACGUGACUUCCCAAUUUAGUUUGUCAUUGCUAAGCCUUUGUUUUUAAGCAACAACAUUGGUAAUUGUGUAAAAACCAAUAACAAAUGGCUUAGUGAGGGUUUGAACCAUUGAAUACGUUCCCGGUUUGAAUGGAAAACAUUGAAUUACAUGCCAUUAAUUAAGAAACUCGGAAGAUGUUCUUUGAUCUACUGCAACUUCAGCUUUCCUCCACUUAAAAACAGGUGUUUUUUUAUUUUUUAAGAUGUGUGAGCUGUUUGUGCUGUUACCUUUCUACAGAGCUGUCAUUGUAAUAUAGAUCUAUGCUGUAAGUUUCCUUAACACAAGAAAAUGUCCCAGCAUAGAGAAAGAAAGGGAGGGGUAAGAGUAAGGUUGGAUGGCUAGCUAUGUAAUCUUCCUUUUUGUUAACCAUGUGGAAUAAUAAAAUUGGAAACAAAGUUUACUGGUAGAUGUGUGCUUUGUAAC